CAAGAAAAAGGAGAAAUAAAUAUUUCUCUGGUUCCGGUUUGGUUUCAGAGACACCUGUGGAAAACCAACGAGGUAUUUCCUCUGAACUGCAGAAGAGGAACUGGUGUUUGAGACCCAGUAACGGGGUGUGAAAACCCUGAUUUAGACGGGCUACUUAAAGCUGUGUAAAACAAGCAAAACCGCGAGAGGUGCUCGGGGAAGAAAAGGUUUUAAAAAGUGACAGAAGUCCGUGUCUGCCGAGCCUGUUACCCGGGGAGGGCGGGGUCAGGGUCGGCGGGGCGGGCGGUGCCUCCUCUCGCCCAUGCCCCCUCUUGCCCUCCGCUCGCUGCGGGGAGAGAAGCGUGAACUUGAACGCUGCCUUCACUGCGCGCUGCGAGUCCGGGCAGAGGCCACACACCACAGUCUCAUCAGCUCGGGCUUCGGACAGUAACUCGGAGCAGGAGAAGCCGGACGGAGUCCGGUUCGGUUUGGGACCCAGAAAGGUGCCAGACGCUCGACGCGAUGUCCAGGCGCAAACUUGGAAGCAGACCGCAGCACCUGAGUGCGAUUCAAGAUGCCACCGAUAUGCCUGAUGAAACCGGCUCAUCAGGCGACCACCACCCACCCCUUCCUCCCCCUCUUCCCCCAAAUCUUCUUCCUCCGCAGGUCCGGGCUCCUGACCAGGGUCGCGACCUUCUAACCUGCGGCCAGUGCUGUCAGGCAUUCCCCCUCGCCCACAUCCUGGCCUUCAUUCAGCACAAACAGGGUGGCUGCACCGCCCGAAAUCUCGCCUCCAACGCCGCGCCACCCUCGCCCGCCGGCCGAGCGCGGCAGCAUGUUGCCAGCGCCGAGCUGGGCCCCGGCUUCAUCGAGCUCAGGAGAGGGGCAGCCAGGGAGCCAGUCUGGGGGGAGGAGCCCGGCGUGAAGGUGAAGGCGGAGCACAGCAAAGCAGUGCCAGAGGAGCCCUUGUAUUUCAUCUGCCAGCAGUGUGAGGCCGUCUUCCAGUCCGCGUGGUUGCUCUUACAGCACGCUCAGCACACGCACUCCUUCAGCAUCUACCAGGAGGAUGAGGGCAACGCUGUCAUGGAAGGAGGAGGAAGUAGGGAUCUUAAAGACCACAAAAGUGCUGCAGCCAUUUUGGACCCACGACACCUGACCCAAGCGCUCGCUUCAGCCUUCCAACCCUCCGUCCCACGUCUUGGCCGUUCCCGUCAGUCCCACGGCCCCCUCUCCUCCUCGUCACCUGCCUCCUCCUCCUCCUCCUCCUCCAGGAACCUGCAGACUUUGAACUUUUCCGUGCGGCUCAGGGAGCUUGCCGAGGUGAAUAACAACACAACAAGUGGCUCCCCCGGAGGCCUGGUGCUGUCGCCCUCUUCUUCUCCACCGGCAGCUUCUCCUUUUCCUCAGACAAGCGCCCUCCAGGCCGACUUCCACUGUGAGCUGUGUGACCAGAACUUCCAGUCCCUCCGCGCCCUCUCCGCCCACCGCCGGACUCACGCCUGCGAGCGGCCUUAUCACUGUGGUGUGUGCGGCCAGGCAUUCGCCCAGAGUGGCCAGCUGGCUCGUCAUAUAAGGAGUCAUCACCGGGAGGCCGGAGGAGGAGGAAGUGGAUAUGAGUCUGUGGAGAUGGUCGAGGAGGAAGGAGGGAGGCAGGGGCCAAGAGGCAGGCUUCAGAUUCAGCCAGCGGGAAUCACGGGGAAGGGAGACCUGAUGGUCCACAUCCCCUCCGAGCUGGACUUGACCUUCCCCAAACACCCAUCCUUGGCUUCAGGUCUAGUGCUGCUGCCCUCUCAGGUCAGACCACCAGAGAGGGAGCUGCUGAGGCUCUACCAGACCACCAGAGAGGGAGGUGAGGAGGAGACGGAGGUACAUGCAGAGGCUCCACACACCUCGCCUUGCGCCAGCCCCUCUGAAGGCUCGCUGGAGAGCGGAGAGACGGGCGGCAGCGGCGAGAGCGGCAUCGCCAGCGGAAACUGCACUCCAAAACGUCCUGAGGUGAGCGACAAGGUGCGAGGUGUGGGAGAGUGGGAGAACGAAAGAACGAAAGAGAUCAUCGAGAAGGAGUGGAGCUCGGCCAAAGUCAGCGAGGCAGUGCAGGAGUGGCAGAGGGACAAUGAGCGGAGGACCGUGACGGGAAGCGUGAGCACAGCAGGCAGCGGCGGCGCGUCCGCUGGAGCGCCAGGGAAGAAGAAGAAGGACGAGGCCUGCGAGUUCUGCGGCAAACAGUUCAGGAACAGCAGCAACCUGACCGUGCACCGCCGCAGCCACACCGGCGAGCGGCCCUACCGCUGCGGCCUGUGCAACUACGCCUGCGCACAGAGCUCAAAGCUGACGCGCCACAUGAAGACCCACGGAGCCCAGGGCGCAAAGGCGUCCUUCUUGUGCCAGCUGUGCGCGGUGCCCUUCACCGUCUAUGCAACACUGGAGAAACACCUGAAGAAGGUUCACGGCCUGAGUCACGCCAGCGUGGGAGCAUAUGCGCAGGCCAGCGCCGCAGAUACUCUGGCUGCAAUAAAAGCAGGGGGAAAAGCUGCAGCGGUGGUGAAAAUGGAGGAGGACGAAGCCGGAUUGGAUCAGAUAGAGAUGGAGAACAGAAUGCAGAGUAACAUGUCCAGCACCAUGGAGGUGGAGGAAAGGCAAAGCCAAGAGUACAUGGAGAGCAGCAGGAGUCCAGCCAUAGCGAACGACCUCCCGCCUGAGAGCAGCACGGAGGCCCCUUUAGCUUUGACUCCUGCACCCUGAGAGUCUCUCAAAUAAAAACAACAAAAGAAGCACUGUAUAGAAUUUAACCCCCCAUUUAGUAAAACAAAAAGAAACUGAGUUAAAGUGCAGUUUAAAGAAGCUGCAGGUGUGUGCGUCUGUGUAUAGAAAGCCGCCCCCAGAAGACGUUGUUCACGAUUAUGUGCGCAGCUGCCAGUUGAAACUAAGUGCCUACAGUUCUUUUAGACCACAGAGAAAAACAAGGCCAUGACAUUCAGCAGGGAGAUUACCAUAGCUCUCGAACAGGAAGUGAACUGCCACAGUCCACACCGACACAGGAAACUGAUCACCAUGUUGCAGUGCAGGAUGCAAAAGACAUGUGAUUUAUGUCUCUGGUGACCCGCUGGACAGGUGGAGGCAGAUCUUAACUGCCACGCGGUGCAGAAAACGGUUUAUGUUGAAUUUAAAAAGAAAAGGGAAAAAGCCUGACAAUAGAGCAACUUUAAUAUAUUUUCAGAUGGAGAGAGGUCAUAUUGUGCCGCAUAGCCAUUGCUGGUUUUCUUAUGAGAAGACCUUUUAAAGGCUAAAGCGGUUUGAACAGACACAGAGGGGGGAAAUGAAUCCAAACACUGCCCGCCUGCAGUUUCUCAGACUCCUCUUUUUAAAGGCGCUUGCUUGU